CCAAGAUGCUGUGUAUACACACAGAGCUGGAGCUAAGGUGGAAAAAACGUCCGCUAUAAAACCGCACUUACAGUUAUCAAUCUAGCGUAGACUGUUUGUGAGAAACAAUGGAGUGUUUACAAAAAGUGAGGCCAGCCCAGGACACUCAGCUGUUGCCUAAUCAGGUGGUGGGUGAGCAGCAGUCUCUCACUGUUAUAAAGAAGCUUCUGGCUAUUGCAGUUUCUGGCAUAACGUACCUGAGGGGGCUGUUUCCAAAGAAAGCCUACGGGACCAAACAUGUUGAAGAUCAGAAAGUGAUGAUUCUAAGAGAGGAGCACAGCUGUCCUGGCGCUACUGAGAUUGUUCAGUGGAUGCAGGGAUGCUUUGAUGCCAUCCAGAAGAAAUAUCUCCGGACCAUGAUUUUGUCAAUCUACACCGAUCCAGAGAACCCCCAGAAAGUGACAGAGUUUUACCAGUUUAGGAUCCAGUACACAACAAACGGAGCACAGAUGGAAUUUGAAAGCAACAACAACAUGGUGUCAACAAUGUCAUACGGUGACACUAAGAGGGCCAGCGUCCUGCUGGUGAGGAAGCUUUACACUCUGAUGCAGAACCUCGGCCCUCUGCCAGAUAACGUCUGUCUCAACAUGAAGCUGGCUUAUUACAAUGAUGUGACUCCACAGGACUACCAACCACCGGGCUUCAAGAACGCUGAUGGCGACACCAUAGAGUUUGGGAGGGAGCCGGUGAAACUGGCCGUGGGUGAGGUGGUCGCCCCUUUCCACGCUCUGAAGUUGGACAUGGCCACCGAGAGACAUAGACUGGAAGAGGUGGAGGAGAGCAUCCAUGAGAUGAAGAGGUGGUUUCUGAAGAUGGAGGAGGGCGUCCUGUCACAGAGUUAUGUAACUGAAGAGAUGGAGGAGCCUGACACCAACUCCCAUAUGGAUGCCAGUGUAACUCCAGACAUCGAGCUGAGCUGCCAUGAGGAGAUCAGAACUACUGUGGAGAUCACAGAGGUGGACACAUUGCUGAAGGACUCCGCCCACAUGGAGGUGGGACAGAAGAGGACCAGGAGUGGACGCAUCAUCACAUCUACUACGGUGGACACACCGCUGAAGGACUCCGCCCACAUGGAGGUGGGACAGAAGAGGUCCAGGAGUGGACGCAUCAUCACGUCUGCUAUGGUAUCUGAGUAUGAGAUUCCUGACAGUCAGGAAAAACUGUCCACCUCUUCAGCAAAGAAGAAACGCAAGUUCAGUGAACCCAAAGACCACUACUGACACGGUGGAGGGUCCAAGGAAGUCCUCACCUCUGUCCUGUAGGUGGGAUUUUUAUACUCAGUGUUACUACAGAUGAAAACGUGACAUUCACCAAGUUCAAGGACUCAGAGCAGUGUGUGUGUGUGUGUGUGUGUGU